GAACAAUCCAUCGAUUGCACUUCCUUUUUCGUCUGAGCAGUCCAGGGGUGAAACACGUUGAAGUUGUUGUCACCGGUUCCUUUAAAAACUCUCAAAAAUGGCAAACCCUAUGAUGCAGGAUUCAGUCUGGACAAAACAACAGAAAUAUGAAGAGGCUGAGGCAUUAUAUCAACAGGUGCUUGCAGGAACUGCCCCAAAAGGUGCUCCAAAAGGAGCUGGGGGUGGUAAGGGUGCUAAGGACAAUAAAGGUGGCAAAUCAGGGGGCAGCACAAUCAAAAAUGAAAUAGCUGAAGCCAGACAACAAAUUCAAAAAGUUCUUAACUCAGGAGGAUCUGGGGGAGCCCCAGCUGACAACAGCCAGGUGAUGAACAGAGUGAGCUCCCUGGAGAAGGAAAACAAAGAUCUGAAAAAGGUUGUUGAAGAUAUGAAGAGUUUAGUGCAAAAACUAGAGAACCGUGUCACCAAACUAGAGGGAGGAAGCUCGGCCCCUGCUGCCCAGGCCCCCGUCCCCAAGAAACCCGCCCCCGCAGAUGAUGACGAUGACGAUGACAUUGACCUCUUUGGCAGUGACGAUGAGGUUGAUGAGGAGGCUGAAAAAAUCAGACAGGAAAGAUUAGCAGCAUAUGAAGCCAAGAAAUCUAAAAAACCCGCCCUCAUCGCAAAAUCUAGUCUUCUUCUUGAUGUGAAACCCUGGGAUGAUGAGACAGACAUGAAGAAGAUGGAACAGGAAGUUCGAAAGAUCACCGCUGACGGGCUCUUGUGGGGUCAAGCAAAACUGGUGCCAAUUGGAUAUGGCAUUAAGAAGCUACAGAUCAAUUGUGUGAUAGAGGAUGACAAAAUUUCCACAGAUUUUCUGGAAGAAGAGAUUACAGCAAUCGAGGAUUUAGUAAAGAGACCGAGAAUGGAUACACUGUCGGGUCCUUCGGGGGUGUCGUUGAAAAGACUGAAUAUAAAGAACAAUUUGGCGGAUUUGUAUUUGAAGAAGCAGGUAGAUCAGUAUAAGAGAGAGAAGACUUUCAGUAUUUCUCACAUCGACAGAGACAGGUUCGACACGAGGGAUUUCUUGAAACAAGUCCAGAAGAUCGAGUCGGAUGAUAACCACGCCGCUGUCACAUACCUGGGACGGGAACCGAAUCCUGGCUACAAGGAACGACUCUCUAAGAUCAAAGGAUCAAUAGAGUCCUUACCAACAGCCGAAUCCUCAACUCCAGCCCCAGUUACAACCCCAGCCCUAGCUAAGACUAUUGUUGACAAUGUCAUCAAGGAAGAGCCAUUGCAGCCAUCCUGUGGUCCCUUUGUCAGUAUCAAACCUUCCACAGUACCGACAACACAACGAAAACCAGAGGCACCGUCAAAGAAUCCUACCAUGCCAGAAAUAAAGAUAUCUUGCCCAUCUCCUGCGGGCAAAGAGGUGCAGAAUGAACCGAAACCGGUUCAACGGCCGGGAACGUUGCCUCUUCUUGGGACAACUUUGACUAACAGGAGAGGGUCUGUGUAUCUACAAAUCGCGGCUGUUUUAAGUAGCCCGGAUGACGCUAGUGUGUCGUCUGAUGACUUGGAAUCCGACGAGGAGGAAACUCCGAAGAAAUCGAAGACUAUUUCGUCUCGAAGAAAAUCCUUCAUGGCAUGGAUCACGGAGAAGAAAAAGGUCUUUCCCGCCCUUAAACAGGCGGGUAAAACGUCAGAGGCGGAGAUCCGUAGACAGUCGUUUUUCUCGUGGGUAGAAUCCAGAGAGAGGGAGAAAGAGAGGGCUCGGCAACUCGCUCUUGAAGAAGUAGACGAAUUCGACGAUUUUAGUGAAAAUUUGGACACGAAAAUACAACCUCGAGUUUCUAGUUUAAAACGCAGUGAAAGUUUAAACAUCAACCCAUUCAAAGCAAAAGCGAGACAGUUAAUGACAAGUUUUCGUUUUAUUCGCAAAGAACCCCUUGAUGUAAGGCUGAAAAAGUUUUACGCAAAACUGGAAGAAGUCAAACGGCGAGAUGCCAUGGCUUUGCGGGUGUUGAGUAGGAAUGGGUGUAGAAGUGUGCAAGAUAUUCGAAGUCCCCAUGUCUGAUCGACUCAUUUUUUUUUUGCUUCAAAACACACGUUUUAUUUUGUUCUUGUGUGAAACCAAACCAAGAAACAGAGGAACGGCAUGUUCAGCAGAACAAGGUUGCGCAUUUCGUUUUUGCAUUGCGAGGUAUGGAAUUCUGGCGAGCUCUUGCGGUUUAUGACAUCUCUGAAUUACCUUAAACGAGUCGUCCCCCCUGAUCUUGGUCUUUCGGUUGCCGUUCCUUUCAGCUAUCACAAUGGUGCUUCUCAUGAAAAUUCGAAGGGAAGCAUCGAAUUUGUCGAGAAGUAUCACAGUCGUUUUACAUAUCUUUUUAAAAUUACAAUUCAGUUUAUGUGAUGUGCAUUGGAUUUCACAGUGGAUUCAUACAUUUACUUUGGACAGUUUCAAACUCAGUUCUAUAUAUAACUAAUAUAAGUAUCAUAAUGAUAUUUUUAUAACAUAUUGUUAUACAAACGUAGAAGGGUAUUAAAUUAAUUUUCUGAUAUUACAUAUUUACACAUGUAUGUAAAAAUACAGUCUUAACUUAUUAUGGAAAAAAACUUUUUUCUUUUUAUAGAAAAGGGUUUUUAUUUCACUAACAAUUGUCAAACUUUAAGGGUCAUCAUUCGUGUCGCUUAGUACUACAUGUAUUAUUAGUUAGAAAGUACAUUUUUCUGUAUUCUAAAAAAUAUAUAAACGUCAAGUGUUGUGGACAAAGUGUCUCGGUAUCCCAGUGUGGAAAGCGGAAAAUAUGUACACUUUUCCCCCUGAGCGGGUGUUCGAAUCAUACUUGAGGAUGUUCCCAUAAAGUUAAUUUUGCGCUUGUACUCCUUAAAUUAAACAUUCAUUUUUUGUUGCUAACAUCUACUUCUAAAUCCCAAAAGAAAAUAAAAAACGACAAAAAACUACAUGUUUAUACCCUGUAAUGUCAAUGGAUAACGCGCUGGUACCAGAAUCGAACCGUGGAAUCAUCAUUGUUCGUGGGGGGCCAAUGUUCGUGGCUAACACUUGCCCACGAAUUUACACCACGAGUGUAUAUAAAAGCAUUGGUUUAGUAUUUAAUAACGAAAUAGCACUACUAAUGAAAUUACGUCCCCACGAACCAGGAAACUUUUAGAUACCCAGGAACAUUGAUCCAUGACGAAUAAAAAUGAUUCCACAGUUUUGAAUUAUGCUGUAAUUAUUUUGAAAAAUUAGAUAUACAUGUAUAAAGGAAUAAAGUAAUAAUAUUUUUAUCGUUAAUAAAAACGAAUAUGUCUUCGUGAUCCACUAUCAAAUAUUUAUAAUUUACAUCUUUUAUUCUAAAUGCAUGAAUAGCUGCCAUUACACGCAUCUGUCAUUUACUUAACUGGCACAGUCAUUAACUGACACUACCAUUAACUGACACUGCCAUUAUCUGACACUACUUAUAACUGACAAUGUCAUUAACUGACACUGCCAUUAUCAGACAGUCAUUAACUGCCACUACCAUUAACUGACAAUGUCAUUAUAUGCAAACGCCAUGCACAAAACUACUGAAGCUAUUUGUACUGAAUCAUUCACCUAAAUGCUUAAAUGAAUUCAUAUUUUAAAUUUUAAUAUUUUUUAUUUUUGUUGUUGAUGUUAUCAUAACACGUUCCUGAACUCUUGAUAAAAGAAAAACCCAAACAAAUACAGAUUAAAUUAUUCAUUUUUAUUUAUAAUUCCAUAAACCAAAGCCUUAUGGUUCAACCACCCUGUGAUUUCGAUGAAGACUGGACAUCGUAGAUAUGAACUGUUGAGAAUCCCAUUACGAUGAGUGGGACUGAUUUCUUUAUAACGGAAGGAAUUCAAGACAAAUAUGCAUGCACAGCAACAAUACACACGACACUUGUCCAGAAAAAAAAUGAUUUUUUGUUUAUAAAUUAUGGGAAAAAAAUUACAAACUGCAUUCCCUGGACAUGUUAUAAAGCCCUAGAGAAUUUCAUUAUCAACAUUUUUAGAAUAAUACAAAAAAUCCAUAAUGCCAAAAAAUUCAGAUUAAAAACGAAAAGAUGUAGCUAGGUUUUAAGGUAUGGAAUGUGGGAAGAACAAAUUGACAGAGUAUCACAAUACAACAAGGUAGACAUUUUGAGAAAAAAAAAUUACGGAGAUCAAAAUCUACUUGCUAAUAAGUAAUUUAACAAUUAAAUUAAAUUAUUCUAAAAAGAUUUCAUUGACUUCUCACUUAAGUAAAUCAGAAUUAAGAAAAAAAAUCCACCACAAUUUGAAAAUUUCAAGAUAAACUACAAUGAGUGAAUAAAAUAUUAACAAUCAAUGGAAAAUGAACUGAGAGAUAAAAUCUGAUGUAUACAUAAAAAAAAUCAAUUUCUCUAUUAUCAUUAGCCAUAUACAGUGUACUUAUGAACAUGUUACACUAGAAAACAAUUAAAACAAACAAGUAGAUUGUAACAUAAUCCACAAUAUAUGUAACAAACAAA